AUGAGAAUAGAGCGAGAUCACGUUUAUGCUGGUAAUCUACAUUCCGAACUCUAUAUCUGCCCACAGGGACCUGAACAUCGCCAGUUCCGUGAUAUUCCUUUGAUGAGUCUUCCCGAUUUAUACAAUGUUUCGAUGCAGAAGGAUAUCUCGCAGUGGUACCGAUGUCCUGCACACGGAGGUAGGCGAGGUCCGAUUCCUUUGGGUACCGGCAGCUCUGACGCAGGUGAGACAUCCGGUCUCACGUCAAAUGUUCCGCCCACGUGCAGUGCAUCGCUUAUUCCAUGUGCCCAGACCUAUCUAGUGCCGCUUGAUGAUUUAUAUCUUGGCGGUCCCCAUGCGCAGCAGUGGUUUACGGCACUACCUAAGCUGGAUUUGAUGUUUUUGCAUGAAUGGGACGACCACAACUACAACUACACGGAACAGCAGUUCGCCAUUGUGGGAAAUCACAGGGUGAAAAAGUUGCUGCCGACUGGAAAUGAGAUGGCCGCCUACUACCCAUCGUUGUCACGACACAUUCUGAGUAAGUUGAAGUCGGAGGAGAAGAAGUUGCAGUCGUAUCGUGAAGUAUUGCCGUCGAGGAAGCCGCAAAAGCCGGAGGAGCCGUACUGUGCUGCACGCGCGCACACGCGAGUGAUCGAGGAGAUGAAACGUAUCCAAGUCGAGUAUGAGCGGAGCUUGACGAUCGGCAGUGCCAACUGCAACUACUAUACAGGCGCAUUCAUGUCCUACAUCGUGCACUGUAACACCGCAAGGAAUGAGUUGGAGUGUAUCCGAAGCGAAAGGAUGUGGACGCGUUACGCGACCAGACCACGCACCACGGUAACUUCUUCGUGCCCGACCAAGUGUCGUUGGAGCUGGUUACGUUAUACGACGUGUUGCGCGUCGCUCUUGCGUUCGUUCAGAGUGGCCGAGCGGAAUGGUCUGCAUAAAGAUGAGGUGCAGCAACCAACAUCGAAGUUCUUCCUGAACUGGUUCGCGAAUUCGUUCGGAAAGACGCACACCAUAAAGGUGAUGCGACGCUUCCUGAAGAACACCCGCUACGGAGACCUGAACAUCUCGUGCAACACGUACUAUAAUGACAGCUAUGCGAUCGCAUGCGCGUACGUCUACUACCGCCUCCGACACUACGCGAACGGGGAGGCGACGACGGAGAGCGAACGAAUGCAGGUGAUCGAGUCGAAAGUGCAAAUUGCUAGAUUUCGAGCGAGGGCCGAACGUGACGAGGAGGUGGCAGUAGAAGAACCGGGCCACGACAACGAGGAACAGUUGACAACCAGGCUAGCAAUAGACGAACAGUUAGUGGCCGGCACACUGUUGCGGCGGCAGAAAAGGAUUUUGGCUACUCGGCUAUAG